GAAGGGAGGCUGGCUAAAUCCUCACACCAUUAUUAUCAGGACUCACAGGCAGCCCCUCCUGUGAUGGAGUGAGAGGAGAUAGAGAGAGAGAUACAGAAAAGAUGGAGUUAUAGAGGAAAUGGAAAGCAGGAUUACUGGUGUGGCAGCAAAGGCAGAUGAGCGGCAGCACAACGCUGAGAGAGAGAAAGAGAGAGAGAGAAACUCUGGUGGAAAAAAAAAAUCAGUGCAACAGGAUGAGGACCUGCUAGUGCACAGCCGGCCCGACCCCACAGACCUGCCAUCUGCCCCGCUGUUCUCUCCGUGUUCCAGACGCUCCCACCAUCAGCCAACAUCUGGAUCACCUCUCAUCCAUAUGGCAAAGAGGGCGAGGGGGGGAGGCAAGCCAACCCAAAUCUUAUCUUUCUUGUCUCACCCUUUCUGAUCGCACAGGACCUGAGGAGAGUCAUCAUCACUGGGGAGGGGGAUCCCUUACUGUGGAGUACCAUCUCUGAGGGAACUGAUAACUGGACCGGAGGAGGGAAAAACUUUUGCUUCAAAGAUGCAGAUGCGUGCACAGGACCCUACCUUAUCUGUAUGUGAGAUUUACUAACUUCCCAUGGAUCUGUCAUGUCUCUCACUCCUGAGCAGGGAGAGGGAAAAAGAGAACGAGGAGGCGGAGGGGGGGAGAAAGGAAAAGACGACGGGGAAGCGUCACCGUCUCUUCUGCUGAAGUGUUACCGGCGUCUGUGCCCCUUUCACUGAAGAGGCAUUUUAUCACUCUCCCCCCUCCUCUUUUGCUUUUCUUCUCAUCUGAACAGCGGGAAGCCUGAGGGAUAUAGACAGAGAGCUAAACACAGUGGGUUUAUGCACAUAUGCACACACUCGCACAAACGCACACACACACAGGCUUGCUGCUCAUCUAGGGGCUCCCACACCUCUCGUCUUCUUUCACCCUCCUUCUCCUUCACUUUCCUUUCCUGUCCCACUUUGAUGUCCUGUCUUCACCUUCAUGACCACUCGCGAAUGCGUUGACUGUGACACAUGCAGAACAGGAGAAGGAGAGAAGUGAGAGGAGAAGUCGAGCAGUUUCAAAGAGAGAUUUUUGGAAAACCGGGGAUAUCACAUACACUUACUGUCACGUUGUGAAGUCCUCCAGGGGAGUGUGCAGACAUCCAAAGCUGCCAAAUACACUCACAGACACAGAAGCACUGAUAACCUGCUCGGGCUUGCACUCACACGGGGACUUGGUCUAAAUGCAUACUCCUACAGGUGCUGCGAGGAGAGAGAGGCAGGUGCAAAGCAGGUGAAAAGGAAAGCAACAGAAAAAGACACUUGGAGGAAAACAUCUGGGAAAAGAUGGAGCAGCUGGAGUUCACCCAGAGCAGAAAGCACAGGCAGUAGCCUGCCAACAUGGCCCUUCCCAGGGGACAUCCUCCUCCUUCCCCCUGGCCCCCUCUCUUCCUCCUUCUCCUCUUCCUUCUCCUCCUUAUCUCCUCCCCGCUUCCUCUGCAGGCUCGGCCGCUCCUCCUGCACCCGUCCAUCAAUGUGGCGGUGGUGUUCAGCGGCUCUAGCUACCAGAAUGAGGUUAGAGGUCGUCUCAGUGGAGAGAACUUUGUCGACCUGCCCGUAGUGGUCAGCCCUGUAACGGUGCUGGUCAAUGACACAAACCCUCGUGACCUGCUGACACGUCUAUGCGAUACCAUGGCAACGGAAAAGCUGCACGGUGUGGUGUUUGAGGAUGAUGUGGGCUCGGGUACCGGCGCUCAGGUGGCAGAAGUAGCACAGAUCUUGGACUUCCUCUCCACACAGACAGCUCUGCCAAUUGUGGGCAUCAGUGGUGGGUCUGCAGUCGUCAUACCGUAUAAGGCUGAAGGAUCCUCUUUCUUGCAGAUGGGAGUCUCCCUGGAGCAGCAGGUCAACUGCAUAUUCAAGAUGAUGGAGGAAUAUGACUGGGGUGAAUUUGCGGUGAUCACCAGCCUAAUGCCGGGCUACGACACCUUUGUGGAUAUAGUUCAGUCCUACACAGAUACUUCUUACUUCUUGUGGAAUGUGCAGGAUAUCAUGUCUCUGGAAAUGUCCGUUGGAGCAAAUGACAUGAAGCUCAAACGCAUGCUGCAGCAGUUGGACUCCCAGGUUCUGCUGGCGUACUGCUCACACGAAGAGGCGCAGUACCUUUUUAAAAAUGCCGCUGAGGUGGGUCUGCUGGGGCCAGGCUACAUCUGGAUCCUCCCCAGUCUGGCCGUGGGCAACCCUGACAGCUCUCCACCUGCCAGCUUCCCUAUAGGUGUAAUCGGUGUGAUUACCGACCAGUGGAGGAAAAGCUUGCGGCAGAGAGUGAGGGAGGGUGUCGCCAUCGUAGCCAAAGGGGCAGAGAGUUUCAAGCGGCAAUAUGGUUUUAUCCCCGAGGGACACGGUGACUGCAACAAGCCGGCUAAACACUCAGACAACUACACUCUGUUCAGACACAUGCUGAAUGUGACUUGGGAGAGAAGAGAUCUGUCGUUCAACAACCAAGGCUUCCUCUCAAACCCUUCUAUGGUUAUCAUUUCUUUGGACCGGGACAGAAUCUGGGACAAGGUGGGUACGUAUGCCCGGGGUGUCCUCCAAGUUCGCUACCCUAUCUGGCCUCGGUAUGGCAACUUCCUGGAGCAUGUGUCUGAUGAUCGUCACCUGACCGUGGCUACGCUGGAGGAGCAUCCUUUCGUCAUGGUCGAGAAUGUAGACCCAGGCACGGGCACCUGUGUCCGCAACACUGUGCCCUGCAGGCGUCAGUCCAAUUACACAGAUAGCAUUAUUGGCCACUCAGAGUCCUACACAAAGCUGUGCUGUAAGGGCUUCUGCAUAGACAUCCUGAAGAAGCUGUCCCGCACCAUCAAGUUCUCCUAUGACCUUUACCUGGUUACCAAUGGGAAACACGGCAAGCUGGUCCGCGGCGUUUGGAACGGGAUGAUCGGAGAGGUGCUAUACAGGCGGGCUGACAUGGCCAUUGGCUCCCUCACUAUCAACGAGGAGCGUUCUGAAAUCAUCGACUUCUCUGUGCCAUUUGUUGAGACGGGCAUCAGCGUCAUGGUUGCGCGCAGCAACGGAACAGUAUCUCCGUCUGCUUUUCUUGAGCCUUAUAGCCCAGCAGUCUGGGUCAUGAUGUUUGUGAUGUGCCUGACUGUGGUGGCUGUGACGGUGUUUGUGUUUGAAUACUUCAGCCCAGCUGGCUACAAUCGCAGUCUGGUGAGCGCCAAAGCUCCCGGUGGUCCAACAUUCACUAUUGGGAAGUCAGUGUGGCUGCUUUGGGGCAUCGUCUUCAACAACUCUGUCCCGAUUGAAAACCCUAAAGGCACCACGAGUAAGAUCAUGGUCCUGGUCUGGGCCUUCUUUGCUGUCAUCUUCCUGGCUUCUUACACCGCCAACCUGGCUGCUUUCAUGAUCCAGGAGCAAUAUAUCGACACCGUGUCUGGCCUCUCUGACAAAAAGUUCCAGAGACCACAUGAGCAUUAUCCUCCUUUCCGCUUCGGGACCGUCCCAAAUGGAAGCACAGAGAGAAACAUCCGCAGCAACUACCCCGACAUGCACACGUACAUGAUGAAAUACAACCAGAAAGGGGUGGAGGAAGCCCUAGAAAGCCUCAAAAAUGGGAAACUGGAUGCCUUCAUUUAUGAUGCUGCUGUUUUAAACUACAUGGCCGGGAAGGAUGAGGGCUGCAAACUGGUGACCAUCGGCAGUGGGAAAGUGUUUGCCACCACGGGGUAUGGCAUCGCUCUGGAGAAAGACUCACGCUGGAAACGACCUAUUGAUCUAGCACUGUUGCAGUUCCUUGGAGAUGGAGACACCGAGCGCUUAGAGACAGUUUGGUUGUCAGGCAUCUGCCAGAAUGAGAAGAACGAAGUAAUGAGCAGCAAGUUGGACAUCGACAACAUGGCAGGUGUAUUCUACAUGCUACUGGUGGCUAUGGGCCUCAGCUUGCUGGUCUUCGCCUGGGAACACCUGCUUUACUGGAAACUAAGACACUCCCUUCACAAGUCUCACAAACUCGACUUCCUGUUGGCCAUCAGCAGGGGUAUUUACAGUUGCUUCAAUGGAGUGGAGGAUACUGGGCGUUUGUCUGGUUUGGCCAAACCUGAUUUGACCUCCAAUUACGCGCAAGCAAAUAUGCUUAAGAUGCUUCGAACUGCCAAGGAUUUGGUCUCCACCGCUAAUGUAGAGAGCUCCCUGGACAACGCCACCAAGACCAUUGAACAGCUGAGUCGACAUGGUGGCAGCUUGCCUGUUCGUGUUCCACAGGUUGCCACAGAAGCUGUACCAGCAGGGUUUGCUUAUAUUACAGAGAAUCAUUGCUCUCUUCCUCAGCGGUCUCUAACCCCACCUCUGACUGCUGUAACCUCUCUGAAACAGCAGAGGGGUGUGAGCAGGCCCACACCACUGCGCUACACACUACCAACACGCUCUACUUCAUGUCUGUAUGACAGACCGCUUCCUGUUUCCAGCCUCAGCAGUCCCCACUUGGCCGUUGGCGAGCCACUCCCUCAUCAACAUCCACACCACUACCAAACCACCGGGAGACUCUAUGUAGACACCCACUCACACUCGUCCUUCAUUCCCUGCACCGAUCUCCAGCUACCUGACAUCUACACCUCUCACCCAGCCUCCUCACCCCAAAACCAGCAUGUCCAAGUGGGGUUUUCCCGACGGAAAAGGAGGUCCAAGAGUUUUCAGUUUGACGAUGGGGAUGUGGAGAGGAGAAUACAUGGGGAGCAGGAAAAGAGUGACAAAAGUCCUGUGUGUCUGAGUGAGCUUAAAGUCAACCACCUCCAAGACAACCACAUCUCAUCCCCGAGCGUUGACAAUAUUUACACAGGGGAGACGAUGCCUCCGCGUGUAGAGAACUACGGCUCUUGGCCACCGGAGGACCUUGUUCUGAGAGGCAGACGCAGACACAGACGCCCCUCUUUUCUCAAAGCAACAUGGGGUAGCGAGCAGAUCCACCAGCUUGAUGAAUCCCAGUCUUCCCUGUCCAGUCAAUCACCUUCAACCCUUCCAGACCUCUUCCCAUGUAUUCUUACUCAAACCACACCUGCUAAGGCAUACAAUCCUGCACAUCUUCGAAACAACCUGUGCCUCCCAAGGAACCAGGCCUACCUCCAUAUAAGGGAGGACCAGAGGAAGCCCAAUGGGCGUAAGGGCCAGCGGCUGCGCUACUCACACUCCACCCACCUACCAACAUAUGGAGAAGCAGUGCAACAUGGGACUGGGAUAGGGCGGGGCGUGGUACGGAGAGCCACUAGCUUGCUCAGCAGACAGUAUGCGCAUUACCUGAACUCAUACCCUGGACUCCCCCUCUACCAUGGUCCCCUGGACUUGCAGCACCACAGCCAGACUGCUAGCAAUCACCCAGGGUCCAGCCCGGUUUGCCAGCUGUUGGCUUGUGGUGGUGGGCGAUGUGGGGGGCAGCGGGCUCUGUUGUACCAGGACAGUGUGUAUGGAGCCUACGGGGUCUAUCAGGGAUCCCAGACUGGAUCAGAGGCUCAGGUAGGUCAGGGAGCAGGGGGGCAGCCUGUGGGGAGCCCCUGCGUACUUAGGCCCUGGCGACGGGUGUCCAGCUUGGAAUCUGAAGUUUGAUCGGAAACCUCUAGGACCUCAAAAGGUGAAAAUUGUGGUUAUACAGUCGACAGGACAUUAAAACAUUACCACUGUGGAGAGAGUUUAUUGGUUAGAUUAACGUAAAAGGGUAAAGUGUGUGAUUUGAAGUAACUGUUGAUUUUCUAUGUGACUUUAUGUGGUAAAGAAAAAAGUUUUGGCUCGCCAAAUUUUAAGGAUAUGUUGAACUGACACGAUAAUCAGUACAGAAAGAAGACUGCACUGUUACCAACAUAUCCUCAAGAAAGCUACAGAAAUCUGAAGUUGGCAGGUUAACCCACUUGCUGCUUUCUUAUGAACAACGCUUAUGUGUUUUCUGUGCUUCAAUGUGCACCAAAAUUUACAGCAGUCUAUGGUGUUGGCGCAUGGUUAAACUAUAACCAGAGUUUUCAUGCUGUGUGUGUUGUGUAUAUUUUAUUGUGGAUGGUUGGGAUUUAGUCUUGGGUGUCGAAUAGAUGGACUAUCUUUAAACACAACCACCAAAAACAAGCAGCCAUUGUAGCAAGAUAUUUUAAGAGAGAUGCAAAGCAGACGUGGAGAGUUUUAUUCCAACAUGAAACAUUCAGUAUUAAAAUGCUUUUAUUCCAGAAACACAAAGCAGCAGCAGUUUUAUAAACUGAAAUAAUAAUCAUUUUGAGACAUCUGUUAUUUUCAGGUAACUUAAUUAAAUAUUCAUAAUGUUUUGGAGCUAAAAUCUUCACGUCUUCAUUUAGUGAUGAGGCAGACAAGGGAUUGACUAUGUGAAAGCAGUCCAUGUGAACACAAUCUGCAAACUGGUGAAAGCGACAGAACAGGAUUGACCAGCACUAGGUGUCUUAAACUAUGGACUCUCGUUCCUCGCUGUGUCUCACUGUGAGGCUACAGCACAGCACAACAUCGCACAGGGCCUGACAUUAAAUCAAUUCUAUAUCCUAAAUACUAUAUCAAUAUAGAGAAAUGUGUUAAUUGAGGCUGUUAGUGUCAUAUUCAUGUAUUCUACAUAUGAUAGGAAUUUAUAGUCACUCUUUUUCUAAA